AUGGAUGCUGUGCGAGGUACAGCCAGUAUUUUCCACCUUUUACAACAAUGCUUAAGCCAUAUCAAGCAGGUGCGCAGGUUCGAAACUGAAUUCAGAAUCUAUGAGCUCCAUCUACAAAUGCAUCUCUCCCGGUGCGCCACCAUUGCAAGAAUCAUCCACGACACGAACCGCGUCGACGAUUUUUUAUCCAUGAAUGCAACUGGGGACACAAUCAGCGUGUCGCGAGACCGAGAACCAACAGCAGCGGAGAUUCUAUCUGCUAUUCAAGACGCCCUCCGCAUAGCUCAACGUGAAGCUGCCCAGAUCAGGGCUGAUUGCAGCACACAGGCUCGAAUGACGGGAUUUGUUGACAAACGAAAAGCCCAAGCGACAAAAACAAUUGGAGUGGUCAAAUGGGCUUUCUACAAAAGAGACGAUUGCAACAAGUUUAUAGAGGAAAUUUCCUCCAUAAUUUUGCAUCUCGAGCACCAGGUCGAUAGGGAAAGGCGCACACUUGAGUCGUGGUAA